AUGUCAAGUGUCUGCAACUUGCAGGGCGAGAGCGCUUGCACGCCGAAAGGAAUUCCCAACGCAUACGGCACAAAAAAUCAAUUGAGCAGCGUGCGGGACAGCUACCUUUUCGAAUUUGGUAGCGGAGCCCUGGUGCCCCACUCUUUUUCGUACCCCAUUUGUGCCUACGCCAUAGCAUUUUGCACCACGAACCUUACCUUCUGGCACUUUGGCCUUGUGCGGCCCACGACAUCGAGCACUACGAGCACCACGACCUUUUGCACGCUGAUCUACCUGUUCGGCACUUGCUUGCCUUGCUGGAGCGCCUGCGACUUGCAGAACUACCUGGAGGUGAUCCUGUUUGUCUCUGAGGGUUACCAUUGCUUGCAGCUGGCCUUAGCCCUAUCUGCUGUUCUACCUGGACACUGUGCGGACCAAGGAGAAGCACUUCCCAAGCCUGGACUUUGUGCGGAACAAGGAGGAGCACUUCCUGGACUUGCAGCAGAACAAGAUCUGAUGGCGACCAGUUCGACUUCGAGCAGUGGCAUUCCCUUAGAUGAAUAUCGACGGGACGUGCCUCCCGGAUGGGAGCCGGGACAACCAAGGUAUUCUCUCAAACAAUACCUGGAGAGAAUCAAGAUGUGGUAUAGGCUCUACGAUGGGCCUGACGAGAAUGUGGGGCCAUUGAUGGCCGGAAGACUCCGUGGUCGUGCGCAAAGCAUCGCCAUGUCGCUACGACCACCUGACCCCACAGGCCAUGUGGAUGUGGGAGAUGCAGCUUUAGUACGGCUAGCAGUAGACGAGGUCCAUGAUCCAACCACUGGAGCCCUACUACAAGCUGCCAUCCCUUCAGGAGUCCAAGCACUACUCCAAGCCCUCAAGUCGGCGUUCGCCGAGGCGGAGCAGCUCCAAGCAACUCGAGCCCUUGAGCAGGUCUUCGAGUUCAAGAGAGGCAAACUCCCCAUACCGGAGUGGUCAGUGCAGUGGGAGCUCAACUAUGAAGAAGCACCCCCUCAUGCAGGACUUGAAGUCAACCCAGUAGCCAAAACGUACUUCUACCUGAAGAGCAGCCAAUUGGGACAGAAAACCAUCGACGACCUCUUGCUGCAAGCUCACGCCGGUAUGCGGCGAUUCGAGGAGAUCCGCACCUUGCUCCUCAGAAUGGCCCAUCGCCAUUCUGAGCAACCUGGAGUUCUUUAUGAAGAAGCUGGACAACAGGCCUACUAUGGAGAUGAUGUGGAGUCCACUUCAUGGAGCAACGUGACGGAUCCUCGACAUGAUGACCGUGGCAAGAAGAUGACCUAUAUGCCUGGCACGAGGAUUGGUACGAUGAUGGCUCUGGCUACUUCGACGACUACCAGUACGACCAGAACGACUGGCCGGAGCAGUGGUAUGAAGCUGGAUACGAAGAUGAAGUACCUGCUGAACAAGGAGAUGGACCCAUUGCAGAUGCCGACAACAACGAUGAAAACUUCUACAAAGGAAAAGGUAAAACUAGAUCCAGUUCGAUGGGACUUGCAUGUUCGACCUGACGCUCCAAAGAAUGUCAUGACGGAGACUCUCAGCCCUAAGACCAAGACCAUGACCAAUGUCAUCAAGCUGGAUUCACCGCAGAAGGAGGAGCUGUUGACUGGCAAGAAAGUUCGCUUUGAGGACAAGACCAUCAAUGCCGAGACUGAGGAGAAAGUUGCAAAGACGCUGAACUUCCCAGAGUUCGACGCCAACAACUACGACUUGUACCAUGUGGUCAGAGGCAAGCGAGUGUGCGGCCUUCUGGUUGGUCCUGGAGCAGCCAGCGGUCUGUGUGGAACGGAAACUCUACGAGAGAUGAUGGAAUCCAUCCCUCAGGACAACCUCCACAAGAUCACAUGGGGACCCUCUACAACAUCAGUCGCCGGCAUUUCUGGCCAGAGCGAUUCAACUCUUGCACGAGUCAGCCUUCCAAUCGACAUCAACAACAACGAGCCUGCCAGCUACACUGCUGAUCUCAUCGGUGGACAAGGCUCACUUUGCCCUGCACUUCUUCCCAACGUUUCUCUUCGACAAAUGCGCUCUGCAGUCUUCACCGAGUGGUUCGAGAAUGGUGAUGGCAUGAUGGUGUGCUCACCAGGUGGCCAACGACUGGAUGAUCCUGAAGCUCAUCUCUCAGUCAUGAGGAUUCUCCUCACAGAGAGCGGCCAUUACAUCAUCCCCAUCAACCAGCAGAGCGACUGCGACAUCAGCGAGGAGGACAAGGCCAAGAUCAGGCAGAUGUUUCAAAGAAGUUCCAAACCCUACCAAGGGACUUCACAAGAGCAGACUGGAAACAAUCUCCACGACUCUGAUGACCAUCUCAACUGCGACAAGAACCAGAUUCAGUGCAACAACAAGGACAAGCUGCAGUUCAAGACAGAUGAUGAGAAAACUGGCAACGAGAUCCACGAUGGACUUCGAAUGGAUCCAGUCUCCAAUGGACUUUGCGAUGGACUUCGAGGAGACCAGAAGCAAGUUGCCAGCGAGGAGCAGCCGGUCCAGGUCCUUUUGGAAAAGAAUUACAACCUCGACUACGAUGAGUCCUCACAGGACUACACUGGAGACAUCUUUCCUGGACACUUGGAAGAUGGAAAACUCCGUUACCUGCAGAAGAUGUACAAGGCGAUCCCAGAGGAGUACUACACCAAGACAAGGAAAACUCCAGUCACACCCAACAACGCCAGAUCUUGGGCCAAGAAGAACAAGGGCAAAAAAUUCCAUCUGUGGGAAUGGUGUUCUGGCUCUGGACGACUUUCUCUACUAGCACUUCUCUCUGGGCUUUGCGUACUCUUUCCCAUUGACUACCGGUACGGCUGGGAUCUUGGAUUGCCUGAACAUCAAAGGAUCAUCCAUGAUGUGGAGCAAGAUCUUGGCGGCGAUCCUGACGUGCUGUUUUACAGCCCUGCCUGUCGUCCCUGGUCAAUAUCUUCGACAAAGAGAGACUUGGACCAGACUCAACGAGAACGAGCUGCUGAGAUGCCCACUGUGGACUACAUCAAGAAGAAGUACAAGAAGAGAGCGAAGGAGAAAAGAGGCAAUAUCCUCGAGCAGCCCUGGGCCAGUGCUCUUUGGAGUCAACUUGAAGACCUACCAGGUGAACGAUUCAGGACAGACCAAUGCCGCUAUCGAGCUCAAGAUGAAGAAGGCAAUCCCAUACUCAAGCCCACAGGAUUCCAGUCGGACUUCCACCUUCGACACUGCAUCUCCAGAUGCAAUGGCCAUCACGGCCGAAAACAUGGAUGGCUUCAAGGAGCAGUUGCUGGGAUGAACCGCACGACGAUGGCGGCAGUGUACCUUGAACCUCUUUGCAAAGCCAUCAUCCGAGAUGUGAAGCAGUACCUCUCCUACAAGGACAUGGUGGAAGACUACUACAAGUGCCAGCGAUGUGCAAUGGGACGAGCUGCAACUGCAGACAUGGAACAUUCGUUCCUUCCUGGAGAAUGCCGUCACGGCAAAUGGCCAGAAGGAGAAGGACCCAAAGAACGCAAACGACUGGAGAGAGAGCAGCAGGAGCAGGACAACAUCUUUGAGAACUUCCGCAAGGAGUCGCUGAAGAAUCCCAAGGUCAUGCAAGGGAAACUCUCAGUUCAUCCAAGCAUCUCUUUCGACAGCGAGCAGAUUGCAGUGCUCAAGAUGUGCCUCAUCAAGCUCCUAUCAGCUGCCGUGGACGAGUUCGACAAGAUGGAGAAGAAGAAGGACGACCAGAACUACGUGCACUGGCUUGAAGAUCCAACUGCACUUGGAUGGACCCAACGAAUCUUCAAGGACUACAUGAAGGUGCAAGGCAUGAUGGCCUGCCUUCAACCUUGGAGCACUCCUACACCAGCUCCCCAUCUUGCAGUCGAACAAACUCCACUACGUUUGCGACUUCGUGGCUCCAUUUCCAGCUGGAAGAUUGGACAAGUUGAAGAUCUUCGCACUUUAUCUCUGAGCCAAUGGCAUGAACCUCUGGAACUUGAUGAAGAUUGGCUCGUGGCCAUCUUUGGUGCAGAUGUUGAAGAAGCAGCCACAUCCUCUUCCUCUGACAUCAAGGCCAUCAAAGACAAAGAUGCAGAUGAUGAACCUGACGGUGAACUUGUACCACUACCACAACCUGAACUUGAAGAAGAAACUGCCGACGGUCCAGCUCAACAUCCUGGGUCGUUACGACCGAUCUUCGAUUUUAGACGGGUCUUUUCACGUCUACCUCGACUUGCUGGCACAGAUGACGUCACAGCCAAGAGAUUGAUCUUGGGCCUACACGAAAGACUUUGGCAUGCAGGAACUCAAGACGUCAAAACGAUUUUGAUUCGCUGUGGCAUGCCUCACGCAGUCUGGCGUCUGACUGGCGAUGCUGUGUCUUCAUGCAGGAUUUGCCGCAAGUUCUCAAUAGCUGGACGUCGACCCCAGUACAAAGGCACCAACCUCAGCAUGUCCUUCAACGAGGUCAUCCAAGCUGAUCUCUACAGCUAUGAUGGCAAGACCUACCUCCUGGUCAUCGACGAGGCCACGCGCUACAAGGUGGCAACUUUGUGCGAAAGCCGUGAGCUGAAGCACAUCCUUGGAGCGCUCAUGCGAUGCUGGAUUCGCUACUUUGGCCCACCAAGAACUUUGGUGUCCGACCAGGAGACAUCCUUGAUGACUGUUCAUGCUGGAGUUGAACUACGAAGACUUGGCAUUGCACGCCGACCUGGUGGAACCACGUCCAAAACUCAGGGACAGCAACACACAGCCACAGGACUUGUCGAGAAGCACAUCGACUUGACGAAGCUCACCAUGGCCAAGAUUCAAGCAGAAGCUUCGAGAUGGGGUCUUGAAAUUGAAGGCGAGGAGCUGGCUUGUGAGGCUUGCAUGGCUGCCAACACCACGUUCAAUGUAGGAGGUUAUUCACCAGUGACCAUGUUGUUUGGUGUUCUCCCUCGUGGCUACUUGGAACCUGAAGAACCUCUUCAAGGAGAUGACCUCACUCCAGAUGAGUCAGCCUUCGAAAGGUCUCUACGACUUCGACAAGUGGCACUACAAGCCAGCCAAGCUGCCAUCCUGGAAUCCAGGAUUUCUCGGGCCAACAGGUCCAGACCCCAACGACUGCCUGUGGAAGACUUCGUUCCUGGGACCACCAAGGUGGAGAUUUUCAGAGAUGAUGGUGGAGGAUAUGGUUGGAGAGGGCCUGCAACAGUCCUCAAAAUUGACGAAGCUGCUGGAACGUCAAUCGUGGAAUUUCAAGGACGGCCCUAUCUGGUUGGACUACGACACUUACGACCCCUUCGAGAAAGCUACGUGCAGUUCCUGAACGUACUACUUCAACUGAAGCAGAACAAGCUCUUCGACGGAUGA